AUGGCAGACUCAGAGCUAGAAGAGAUCAGGCGAGCUCGUCUUGCGCAGCUUCAGCAGGGCGGCCCCCGCGGAGGACCUAGCCAAGAUGGUGGCCAGGACGAACAGCGAAAGCAAGCUGAAUCUGAACGCCGUGCCUCUAUUCUGAGCCAAAUCCUCGAGCCCGCCGCCGCAGACCGUCUCGGUCGUAUCCGUCUCGUCAAGGAAUCGCGCGCAAAUGACAUCGAGACCCGACUCAUCAUGCUGGCUCAGACUGGCCAGUUGCGACAGAAGGUCUCUGAGGACCAGCUCAAGGAGCUCUUGAACGCUAUUGCAGAGAACCAGCGCAAGGAGGAGGAACACAAGGUCGUGUUUACCCGGCGCAAAGGCGGCUGGGACGAUGACGAUGAUCUACUUGACAUGUAA